UGUUGAGAAGGCGGCAAUUUGCGGCGGCCGGGGGUUAUUUAGUGCGAUAUGAAAUCAAAUGAUCCUAUUGCUCAAAUAACAGUGUCUGGGAGGAGAAGCGAGCGCGCUCCAAAGGUAAUUGUCUCCAGAUGAUAUUCCCAUUAUCCCCCAAUCCCAGCCUAAACGCUGCCAGCGCCGGACUGGAAUCGAUACGGGGGGAGGACCGGGGGGAUCCCGGGGCCGGGAGGAGGCAUCCCCGGCACUGACCCCCCUCGGGAAGGGCGGCAGGGCUUCGGAAAAACCCUAAAUUCCCUGUGGCUGCUGCCUGUCCGUGUCUCGGCGGGAGCGGCAACACCAGCUGGGGAGCCGAGCCCGGAGCCCAGGUAAGGGACCUACGGGGGGACGAGGUGAGGGAACCCGGUCCCUUCCGUGCCCCGGCGGGCAGCUGCUCUCCGAGCAGAGCCUUCUGCAUCGCUUCACCCCAUCCCAGCCUGUCGGGUCCGGUGCGACCUCCCGCGGCCCCAGUCCAGCCCCGCCGCCUGCGGUCACCGCCGCCUGCGGUCGGUCCCGUUUGCCUGGAGCCGCUGGAAGCGCAAUCAGACCAGGGGCUGCUUCACUCCGAAUCCCCGGGUAGCGGAUGGAGCGGCGGCCCCCGCACUCCGCGGCGCUGCCCGAUGGUAAAGCUGCCAGAAUUCAGUGGCUUGGGGGAAACGACGGAGGAAAAUCCAAGGCCUUUCGCCCGGGCGGGCAGCGCGGCCACGACGCUUCGGGCACAGAGAACAAACGCGCUCCUGCAAAAGAAAUGCGAGUAUCGAAGAGAGCGAGGCUCCGGGCCGGGGCGCUCAGGAGUGUCCCGGCUGAGGCAGCUCUGUGCUCCCGGGGGCCCGGGUUUGCCCUGGAUUGGUAACAGCGGGAGGUGGCUGCGCUGAACUAGCGGGGACGCUGCGGGGAGCGGCAGGAAGGAAUACUCGGGGUCAGGCGCCUCUCUUGGGUCAGGUCCUGAUGAGAACCGGGCACAGGUCACCCCCUCGCGCCGCCGGGAGAGGCUGGUGUGGUUUGUGUGUCUGCAAACGGGCAAAGCACUCAGGACCUGAAGCCUGGACGGGAGCCUCAGCCUUUGGCCACCUGUGUGACUGCCCCAUGCUGCCUCGCAGUGAAGCAAAAAGGCCGGAAUCAGGAAGGCAGCAAAUGGACUACACAAUGGCUGAUCUACACCAAGUGAGGCUGAAGCUGCAGAAGCACCUGGCAGUGGUGUCGGUGCGGCAGGAGCUGGCCCUGCGCCGGAACUGGACCCUGCGCCAGGAAUUCCUGCAGCUGGAGGCUCACAUGGAAACCACAGGCUGGGAGAGCAUCCGGAAGAUGGAAGAAUGGUACGGAAGGGAGAUUAAAAACCUGUUAUCCCUUCGAGAGGGCAGCUUGUCAGCAGGUGACAAGGAGGGAGGAUCCAGUGAGCAGGUGCCGCAGGCCGGAGGACAGGUGGGAAUUUGCACCAGUACAGCAGUACCAGGAGAACUGGGCCAUCCAGCAGCAGCCUUGCUGGGCUCCCCCACACCAGCUGCCUUGGCCACAGGAGGUUUGGGCUCACAGCAGGAGCCCCCUCUGCGCUCCCCUUCCCCUGAGGAGCUCGGUCCCGAGACCAGGAGCACUGCUGGAGAGAGUGAGGAGGGAGCAGCAGGACACGGGGACCUGGCUGCCAGUGAUGAAGGCUCUGAGCAGCUCACCUCAGUUUCUGGUACCAAAGCAGCACCCCCAAGGACGAGACAGCAGCGGGGAAGUGUUCCAGGGGCAAAGCCUGGCCUGAGCAGCUGGUGGGCUUGCAGGGAGGGGAGCAGUGCCAAGCUCCCAGUCCCUGCUGGUGCUGAGGAGGUGAGGCCGAGCAUUCCUGGCACGUGGCAGGAGCAGGGCAGGGAUACCCAGGCUACAGAGGGCUCCCUGCUGCCCCCACCGAGCCCUUCGGCAGCCCAGGAGGAGCCCUUGGACAGCUCAGCACCACACAGGCCCGGCGGGACGAUGGCCGAGCGCUCGGAGCUCUGCCAUGCGCUGCAGCUCCUGGAGGACCUGGUGGAGAGGACGAGCCCCCAGCACCGGGUGCUGUACCAGCACCAGCCCUCGAGGACAGCGGAGCUGCCCAGUGCUCAUGCUGGGGCCGGCGGGCUGGCUCCGGGCAACCUGGAGGUGAUGGAAGCCGUGGUGCUCCAACAGCUCCAGGCCAUGUCCCAGCGCGCACGGAGUGGGAGCCUCCCACUAGAGAACACUGUCGAGGCCGCAGGCAGAGCAGGACACAAGGAGCACACCAGGGACACAGAAGCGUUGUGGACUCUCCUGAGCCACCAUGGCUUGUUCCUGAAGCAGCACCGGGUUCGGCUCCCAGAGGAGGUGUCAGAGAUGUUUGAGCAACUGCUGGCUUCGGGAGAGGAGGAGCAGGACGUCCAGGCUGUGCCAGCGCUGAGAGAAGCCCUUCCAGAAGAGCAUGGGGAUGAGCCACCUGUCCAGAGUGAUGCAUCCUCACUCAGCCUGCCAUCGAUCCCAACCAAUAGCAGGGAAGGAAAGCAGGGGGAACUGUCAUGGAGAGAAACAGGUGGGGAUUGUGGCCAUAACAUUCCCAAAGAAAGCGACAGCCCGGGAACGCAUUCGGAAAUCAUCUCCUUGUCAGAUGGAAGCGCUCCUCCCUUCUCCAGGACUGAACUGCAGAAGGAAACAGUAACUGCCAUAAAAUCCAAAGCGUUCUGGGGUGAAUCUGACGACAGCAGCUCCGAGCUCGAGGCUGCUUUGCGCCCACAGACCCAUAGCGCAGAAUCAGACGACUUCGAUGACUUCUAUGACUGAAAUUCUCUCACUGGUUUUUGGGAGAGAAGAAACAAACUGUAUUUUCUUUGACACAAUGAGUGUGCCACAGGCUGAAGCACUGCUUGUCACUUUAUUGGCAAGGAAAAUUUAAAUACCAAAUAAACAUGA